AGUCAGAUUUUGACAUUGUUUGUGUUUUUAUAAAAUUAAUCUUUCGACUUUCGGAUCCACUGUUUCUCCUGACGAGUUUGUUGAGCAGAUGUCUGUACAACAAGUCUGAUUGUUGCAUCAUGGGAGAUGAUUCUGCAGGAGAUUUUGGAACAUCUUAUUAUCGAUCUCUGGAUCCCAUUAAAAAUCUCCAAAUACGAGUACACUUGAAGAGAGUAACAGGAUCCAGUCUGGUGCCUAAAGCCGUAUUGCCAGGAGGUAAUAGGAAUGAGGACGUGGCAGAAGGGCAAGAGGGGAUUCCCCUGAAACCCCUUCGGAAGAAAUCCGGUGCUGCUGGAGGAGGAGGAGAGGGGAGUAAAGCACAGGAGGAAGAACAGCCAAACACAGAGAAUGAGGAUCUCUACAUCUUUGACUGGCAGGAGAAGGUGUUCAGCCGCCGGGAGGUGCAGCUCUACUCCAACGAGGCGUCCUGCGAGGGGCCCCUGGAGCAGAAGUACUUCACCGAUAUCAAGCAACAGAAGGCCGAAGGAGGCAGGAAAACCAAGCGCAUCUUCAGCUAUACCGAUUAUGAUAGCUUUACCCACAAGGAAGAGGAAAGUCUCACAACCACCUCACCGAACGAAGAACCUUCAUUUCUAGCAGAGAAGAUGAGAAAUGUAAGGAGAAGAAAGAAGAUGGAGAGAAGAACGAGAGAUGCGCAAGGAGAUCCGAUGUUGAUGCAGAGGAGGACCAACUUGGUGGUAGAGAGACCUUCUGAGGAACAGAAGAAGAGUUCUCAUGUCAUCGAUACACCCAUGAACACCAUGUACAUCAUGGCUGACCUCGGUGUUAUGGAUAGUGAACCUAAAGAAGAAGAUGAGUGUACUUUAUGUACCAUUAAGGUAUCCAUGGGGGGAGUCAUCACUGUUUCCCCCGACUUCACCCAUCAUCGUGACCCUUACACCAUCGUGACCGACUCGGCUGGGCGGGACACCUUCCAGUACACCCUGACCUUGGCGUCCAAGUCCAUGAGCUCCAAGGAGCAGGCCAGGGAGAACAAGAUGUACCAUGAACUGCUCCAGAGACACACGGACAUCAUCACGGCGUACGUGGGGCAAGACUUUGAGCAGGCACCCCCUAGUACAUUGAGGUUGUGCAUCCUUGGCGAGAUAGUGUCGGCUAAGAACUUUGAGUACGAUGGGCUCUAUGUCCACUACUUUGUGGAACUACCUAGACAUUGGGCAGCUGAUAGGGCUCAGAUGUUAUCUGGAGUUACACAAACCUGUUUUACCAAGGAGAUUAAUAGAGAAUACACGUCCAACUUCAGUCACCCGUUUGAGAUGGAGCUUUACUAUCAGAUGAAUGAGUUCACCGAGGAGGACCAGGACACCCUUCCUAAGUGGCCUCAGCUCUUCCUGGAGGUCCUGUCACUGGAUACCUGGCAGAGGUACAGGACCGAGGGCUAUGGGUGCAUCACUGUACCCCCGAAUCCUGGUACCUACACAUUCGAGGUGAAGAUGUGGCGACCAUUGGGCAAGAGCUCAUACGAUGACAUGAGGCGUUUCUUCAUCGGUGGCUCCCCGGAGCUGGAGGACCCCAGCUAUGUCUCGGUGCCUCUCACCCACGAUGGCAAGGUGCUGAGUCGCUUCGGACUCAAGACGGAGACGACGGGGAGUGUGACUGUGAAACUGAACCUCAUGCAACAGAGCAGGGCCUUCAUGGAUCAGAUCUCAUCACGAAAGAAUGUUGGAACUUUGAUUGACAGAUUAGGUGGGAUGACAGUGCAGUCCUCAGUAGCAGGUGUACUAGAUUUAUUUCAGAAGGCAAGAAAGAGGAUGCAAGCUGCCCAGGAUAAAUUAACAACCAUAUGAACACUCCCUGAAACGAAACAUAGUAUUAGGCACAUUGAAAUUUUAGUUAUUGGUUUAUUCAAGACAUAUUCAUAGGGUACAGUAUUUAUGACCAUUAAAUUAUAAUUGAUUCUUUUCCCAAUUAUAAUUAUUUUAACAUGGGUACAUGAUGUAUAUUCUAAUUCAAAUACAAAAUCAAUUGUGCAAUAUAAUUCUGUUGACAGAUUUAUAACUGUUUAUAAAUCAUAUGUGUACCUGCUCCAGAUAGAAACUGAAAUAUGUUAUAAAUUAAAACAUGAUGUACUCUUUUAGGUCUUGUAUAUUAUGCUAAUAAGUAACAAUCAUUGGAAAAGGUUUCUUUUUUUUUCUUCAAGAAAUGUAUGAAUUUAAUGUAGCUUAUGAAUUGUUCGGCAUUAUUAAGUUUGAGUAGGAGAAGA